AUGGUUUCAGUCAUCAAUAACGAUCGGGCGGCGUUCCUAGCAAAAGAAGCUGUUGACCUUGUGGAUGCUGGCCACCGCGAGGCUGCCUCCCGCAACCUCCGCGAGGCUAUAUCUCUCUCUCCUGAGAGCUCGGAAGUCAAAGCGGCAUUCCUGAAAGUCAACCAAGAUGAGCAGAAUAACCACCCGCUGCUGAGCCUUUGUCGGCGUUAUGUGAAUCAACAAGAUGAAGCUGCGGGCAAGGAGGCUGCCAGGUACCUGCGUCAAGAAGGGCUGGAGCCGCCUGCUGAUGUCGCCCUGGAAUCCUUGAAGCUUGUUCUUGGGACUCCUGCAUCGAAGCUCUCUGCGAUCCAAGACGAUAUCAUCAGUGGCUUGGCUCGUCAGACUGUCUGUUGCCGCCAGUAUUUCGCCGCGGAGCUUCAGAAUUCUGUCACGCAGUUUUUCGAUGAACUAUACGACCGUGGCGACGGCUCGGUCGUCUGCUUAGAUAUGAUCAUUACGUCGGCGAUACGACCGUUACUCCUUCUCCUGACCCCUCCAGAGACUGGGUCUGUAGAUCAACCGCGUGAUUUUCUGCCGAUAUUUGAAGGUCUUCUCGCACUUACAAACCUUGCAUCGUCUCCUGAUAGGAACGCCGGGGCAACCAUUGUUCGCGCCGGGUGGUCGACCAUUGAGGACCUACUUUUGUCAAAUCACAGCUACAUUCAACGCGCAGCUUGCGAACUCGCCUGCAAUCUGAUGACUUGUGAACAAGGCGUUGGGAAAUUCGCGGAUGGCUCAGCGCGUGCGAGUCAACGUCUACACAUCAUCCUCGCUCUCGCGGAUGUGGAGGACCUGCCAACUAGGCGAGCAGCCGGUGGUGCUCUAGCAAUGCUUACCGAGUAUGAGUCGGCGGUGUCUGCCAUUCUUGAUCGUGCACGGGGUUUGGAGAUCAUCCUGGGCCUGUGCGGUGACGAGGACGAUGGCCUCGUACAUCGCGGCAUCGUCUGCGUGCAAAAUCUCGUGAGGGCGACCGGCGACAUUGGCAAGCGCGCGAGACAGGGCCUACUGGAGAACGGGGCCCUAGAUACGUUGAAGACAUGCCUUACGAAAACGCGCAAUCCCGCGGUUGUGGAAGGCGGAGUCGAAGCAGUAAAGGCGUUGAUUACUUAA